GGGCCAAAUGGGCUUGAGGAGUGGGUGGGCAGCGCGUACCUGUUUGUGGAGUCCUCGCUGGACAAAGUGGUCUUGUCCGAUGCCUACGCUCACCAGCAGCAGAAAGUGGCAAUGUACAGGGCUCUCCGGACUGCCCUGGCAGCACUCCUUGCCCAAGAUCCUUCCCCAGUACCUCCCUUUCCAGCCUACUUUUCCCACCUCAGGGUUGAGGCCACAGGAGGUUGAAGCUGGUUGGGGGAUCUGGCCCCAGCCUCAGAACAGCGAGAGCCCCUCCCCUUGGGAGGAGGGCAGCAGUACUAGGAGGCGGAAGACCUGAAACCUCCCGCCUACUGCAUGGCCAGCUGCCUGCCCAGAGGUCUUGGCUGCCCAGGGCAAACGCCCCUUUCUACGCUGCAAAGUCUCUUCCACGUCCCUUUUGCCCACCCUCAUUUGAGGCUUCAGGGAUGUGGCGAGAGUGGCACCCACUCCGUCUCAGGGUGAUCCCUGUGAUAGGUCCUGGCCUUUAUUCUGGGUUGUUGCUGUUUACCUCCCCAUUCUGCUUCCCAGCCGGGAGCUCUGGGGUAUACCCGCGCCCCUAGGUGUCUGGGGGUGGGGAAGGCGUCUCAUCUCGGGCUUCAUUCCUUCUCCCGCCUCAUGGAGCAUGGCCCCGCAUGGGGACCGCAUGGCGCCUGACUGCCCGCCUCCGCAGAGAGUGGCGGGAGCCCCGACGUGCUGCAGAUGCUCAAGAUCCACCGCAGCGACCCGCAGUUGAUCGUGCAACUGCGUUUCAGCGGGCGCCAGACGUGCGGCCGCUUCCUCCGCGCCUACCGCGAGGGGGCGCUGCGAGCCACGUUGCAAGGGUACCUGGCUCGGGCACUGGCCCUGAACGCUGUGCCGCUGCAACUGGAACUGCGUGCUGGCGCCGAGCAGCUGGAUGCCGUGUUGACCGACGAGGAGCGCUGUUUGAACUGCAUAUGCGCGCAGAAGCCUGACCGGCUCCGGGAUGAGGAACUCACCGAGUUGGAGGAUGCGCUCAGGAAUCUGACAUGCGGCUCGGCGGCGGGCCAAGGGGGAGACGUGCAAGGCACUCCGGCUCCCUCGCAGUCUCUGGCACCUUCUCCGCCAGAGGAGAAACCGCCACCCCCGCCGCCUGGCCAGACUUUUUUCUUCCAGGGUCAGCCCAUAGUGAACCGGCCGUUGAACCUGCAGGAUCAACAGAAGUUCGCCCGCUCCGUGGGCCUCAAGUGGCGCAAGGUGGGGCGGUCUCUGCAGCGCAGCUGCCGCGCGCUGCGGGACCCGGCGUUGGACUCACUGGCCUAUGAAUACGAGCGCGAAGGGCUAUACGAGCAGGCCUUCCAGCUGCUGCGGCGCUUCGUGCAGGCCGAGGGCCGCCGUGCCACGCUGCAGCGCCUGGUGGAGGCACUCGAAGAGAACGAGCUCACCAGCCUGGCGGAGGACUUGCUGGGCCUCGCGAACCCUGACGGUGGCCUGGCCUAGGCAGAGUACCAGAGAAAGGGGAGGUCGGUCAGUUGCCCAGUCAGGGUUUGGAGCAUCUGGAUGACUGUAGGGUCCCUCCUGCUGCUACUGCUGACCUCUUGUCCACCAUGCUACUCUGAGACCACACUUAGCAACCCCACUUAGCUGAGUUGCUGGAGCUGCUGCGCAGAGAUGAUGACGGCCCUCUCCAGGAGUCAGACAAGCACCCACCGUGUCUGCUGGGGUGCCAAUGGGCAGUUGUGUUCUAGAUACUAGGAUAGAGACAGAGUGAAUGGGUCUCUGUCCUAGUAUCUAGAACAGACCUGCUGCAAGGUCUGUUUCACCUUCUCCCACCCUAGAAGAAGGACUUUCAGCCAGACUUUACCUCUUCAUUCAUUAUUAUUCAUUAAGGACCUGCUGUAUCCUAGGUAUCAUCCUGGGUGCUGCAAAUACUGUGGUGAACAAAACACACGAAUCUUGUCUGUCGUCAGUUUACAAUCAGUGUGGGACUCUGAAUAUAAAGUAAUAAAAUACUACCCAUUUUUUGGAUGUGAAAAA